GCUAAUUAAAGGCCUGGAUUAAUACAUUAAAAAAAAAAAAAAAAACGAUGGAUUUGAACAUAGCUCACGAGGAGGUAGUUACAACCGACACUGAGACUGAAGAAGCAGAUGAGAUAUUUUACAUGAACAGACUGUUGAUGGGAACAGCAGGAGCACUCUCUGCAGCCUCUCUCCACACUUCUCCACUGUCCUGUAACCCUACUCCCCAAGGAAUUUCACCAGAGAUUGGUCUUAUCACUCACAGAGGGGUGAGGCAGUGUUUUGGCAGCAGUCAGAAUAGGGACAGCCCACUGAUAAACGCGUUAUGGCAGAGCAACACUGUUUGCAAUGAGAAUGAGGUGUCAACAAAAAUGGAUCAGUCAGAAGGGGGCCCAGUGACCGUUACAAUGACUCCAACAUCCAGAAAAUUUUUUACCACGGCCAACCAAGCUCAGUCGAACCCUGUAUCAUCAGUUCAACAUCCCAAACCCCUGUUUACACAUGACCUAUCACAGUGCAUCCGCAGUGGACAGAGUGCAGUUACGGGCAGUCAGGGAAGUGCAAAAAAACAUGCACAAGGAACAUCUAAAUCUAAAAAGCACAAAGGCAGCAUUUCUAAAAAAAGGUCACAGGCGCCAGAGUGCAGGAAUUUAUCUUCUGCAAAAGAUAAGACGAUAAACAGUCCCGUCUUAUCCCAUCUGUCCACAAGAGGGCAUCAGACAACAGGAGCAGUUGCAAAAUCAACAUGUGGCAAAACGAAUGUUUUACGAUUGCACAGCAUCCAUAAACGAAACAAGUUUGGAGAGACACACGUCCAUCUUGCGGUAAUGAAAGGAGAUCUUCAGGCUGUAAAAAACAUGAUCGAAGUUGGCGCCUCUGUCAACUUGGCGGAUAAUGCAGGUUGGACCCCACUUCACGAGGCAGUACUGGGAGGUUAUGACACCAUUGCCGAAACUCUACUGAAAGCUGGAGCCCGAGUGAACUCUGUCGGACAGGAAGGAAUCACACCUUUACACGAUGCAGCAGGUCUUGGUAACCUUAAGCUUGUUCAGCUGUUGUUAAAGUGGGGUGCUGAUCCAAUAAUGAAGAAUCAAAAGGGAGACAGUGCGCUUGACCUCAGUGAAGACAGGAGAAUAGAGUUACUACUGAGACGCUAUGCAGACAAGGGUGGUAGAAGGACAAGACAGUCUACUGCUAAAGAUAAGGCAAAGAAAGAUCCGCAGGCAAGUGAAGCUGAAGUUCGUCCAGCUGUUUGUCCAGACUCACUGGAUCCAGCAAACCUUCUAGACACUUACUCUGAAAAUCCUGAAGCAAAGUCAUCAGCUCAAAUUUUGCCCCAACAAAGUGGCAAAAAAAAAAAAGGAGAUAAUGAUGGAUCCUUUCCUCUUCAAGGACAAGCGUGUCCAGGAUCUGACAUUAUAUCUUGCCCAGACAGUGAUCCCGACAGCGAUAUCACUGUGGAUUACACUGAGACUCAAUCAUCAUCACCUGAACACUGGGCUUUAAGUGCUACUCAGGAUUUUUCUGGAGCCACAUACCGUUAGUAUGACCAGAACUGUCUCUGCAAACUGUAACUAAUGUCUGCACUUGUAUUUUUUUCCAUGUUUGUGUUAACAUGUUAAUGCUUCUGUUAAGGGUUGAUGUUAAAACAUCAUUCA